UUAUUCAGUUGGCAUUUAGCUUUUUGCCAGUUCGGCGGCGCUUGCAAAAGUCUCAGCGCAUCGUGUUCGAGCCCGAUCUCGCUUUCGAUUCAGAUUCGGUUGAAAACUGAAAGUAAACCUCCACAGAAAAUGCAAAUUGUUAACUAUUGACACCAAUCAUACAAACAAUUUAAAUAGUACAAAAAGUUAUAUCCAUUUGCAACAAGUUUUUAGGAAUCUUCAAAGCUAAAAAUGGCCGUGGAUUAUGUUUUAGAGGAGCUCAUGGGCAAACUGGGUGAAUUUGGCAAAUACCAAUUCUUCCAGUUCUUCCUACAAGUGUUGUCGGGUCUGACAGCCGGUCUGCAUAUGUUGUCACUGGUGACUGUUGCCGCAGUGCCAGAGCAUCGUUGCUACAUUCCCGGCGUGGACAACAGCACCUUUUCACAGGUGCCAUGGAAUUCGAGCGACAUUCUGGAGCACAUUCCGUUGAAGGAGAGUGGCGAGCUGGACUCGUGCCACAUGUACAAUGUGAGUGCUGGCGACCGCAAUUUGAUUCCCUGCGAAAAAUAUGUGUAUGACACAACAUACUACAAAACAUCGCGCACCAUCGACUGGGACUUUGUCUGCGAACGUCGCUGGAUGGGUUCCAUCAUUCAGACUGUGUUCAUGUUGGGCGUCUUUACGGGCGCAGUGACUUUGGGUGGCCUCGCCGAUAAGGUUGGCCGCAAAACUGUCUUCUGCUGGUCUGCUCUGCUGCAGUUGAUCAUCGGUGUGGGUGUCGCCUUCAUUCCCGAAUACUUUUCUGUUAUGGUGGCUCGCUUUUUGUUGGGCAUUGUGGGCUCAGCAGGUGCUUAUAUCUGCGGCUUUGUGCUGACCAUGGAGCUGGUGGGACCCACCAAGCGUACCGUGUGCGGUAUAACUUUCCAGGCUGUAUUUGCUGGCGGCAUUAUGCUUGUGGCUGGGUGGGGAGCCAUUAUCAAGGAUCGCACAUGGCUGCAGGUAGUCUAUGGUCUGCAUGGCUUACUCUUCAUCGGUCAUUGGUGGCUGUUGGAUGAAUCGCCGCGUUGGCUUUGGAUGCAGGGACGUGCUGCCGAAGCUGUCGAAAUUGUCGCUAAGGGAUUGCGCAUCAAUGGCUCGGGUAUUAGUGUCGACAAGGAUUACUAUGUGCAAAAAGCUAAGCAGCAGGCGGCCGUCGAGGAAAAGUCCAGUGCCGGGCUUAGUGAUCUUUUCCGCACUCCAAAUUUGCGCAUGAAGACACUUAAUGUUUGCCUGUGUUGGUUUGCCAACUCGAUUGUCUACUAUGGACUCUCGCUGAGCGCUGGCAAGCUGUACGGCAAUCCCUACUUUAUACUGUUCCUCAUGGGUCUGGUGGAGUUCCCCACCUACAUCACACUGGUGUUUGUCUUGGAUCGCUUGGGACGUCGGUCGAUCACAUCCACUUUAAUGUUGGGUGGCGGCCUCUGCUGCAUUAUAGCUGCGUUUAUUGCUCAGGGCAGCACACUCUCCACCAGCAUUGUUAUGCUGGGCAAGCUGCUCAUUGCCGGCUCCUUUGCUGUCAUCUAUAACUAUUCGGCGGAACUGUUUCCCACCGUGGUGCGCAACUCGGCCAUGGGCUUGGGCUCAAUGUCGGCUCGUCUAUCGGGCGCAUUAACGCCACUGAUUACCCUGUUGGGUGAUUCAUUCGAUCCCAAAAUUCCGGCCGUGCUAUUCGGCUUGGUGGCCUUGCUUUCUGGCUUCUGGGUCAUGUUCCUGCCAGAGACAAUGAACAAACCCAUGCCAGAGUCGAUAGAAGAUGGUGAGAACUUCGGCAAGGGCGACACCUGGUUCAGUCAAUGUGCUGGUCGCAAGCCGCGCCAGGACAGUGUUUAUCCCGAUGAUCCGGAGCAAAUGGUGCCACUCAAAACCAUUGAGAGUAAAUAG